AUUUAAUUCUGUAAUAAAAUGUAACACUAAUUAAAAAUGGAUGUAAUACUCUUCGGAAUUAUAAUCGCCGUUAUCAUAUUGUUCUUAAUAAUCGUCUGCUACAUCACAAUUGAAGGCACUUGCCAUUCACGCUCUUGAUUUAAUCUUCUUUUUUCACCCUUUCAAUUUCGAUUUUCAAUUUCAGUUCCAUGGCAAUGGCACUGAGUAGUAGCAGUAGAAGAAGAAAGAGAGUUGAAUCGGCGUUACUCCUUUUCUUCUGUCUGUUUCUCUGCUCCUUUUUGGAUCUGGUAACUGCACAUCAAGGCCACUCCCAUUCUGAAUCGAAUAGUGAUAUCCAUCAUCAUCACUGUGAUGGUGGUCAUGACCAUCACCAUGGUCAUCACCAUGAUCAUGAUCAUCAUGGUCAUGGCGAUGUUCAUCAGUCGAAGCUUCCGGAGGAGUUAGCGGAAGAGGAGGAUAUGAAACUCUACGGGUUUGGUUUACCACAUCACAACCUUCACUUUGCUGCCUCCGCUGAUCUAUCGGGUUUAGGCCUUUGGUUGAAUGCAUUGGGCUGUUCAUUUCUGGUGAGCAUGGCUUCCCUGAUUUGCCUCAUUCUCCUGCCUGUAAUUUUUGUUCAAGGAAAACCAUCAAAGGCUGUUGUUGAUUCAUUGGCUUUAUUUGGGGCAGGAGCUAUGUUGGGGGAUGCUUUUCUUCACCAACUACCACACGCUUUUGGUGGUGGACAUUCCCAUUCUCAUAGCGACCAUGCAGACCAUGACCAUGACCAUGAUGCUAGUUCUGGACAUGGACAUUCACAUUCCUUAGCUGAUCUUUCUACAGGAUUGUCAAUCCUAGCUGGAAUUGUACUCUUUCUUCUUGUGGAAAAGCUAGUGAGGUAUGUUGAAGAAAACUCUGGAGGAGCUAAUUCGUGGGGGCAUGGACACCACCACCAUAACCACAACAGCAAGAAAAAAUUGAAAGAUGAUAAUAAUUCUGAUGUCAAGAAUCAGUCACAGUCUAUCAAAACAAAAAAAGAGAGAUUGUUAGAUGAGGGGAAAAAAGACAAUCAGGUAUCACAAGAAUCAUUGAAGGGAGAUAAGCUAGCUCAAACUGAAUCUCUUAGAAAGAGAAUUGGAGGCAAUACAACUAAAGAUAAUAGUCUCAAUGAUAAUGCUGAAGAUAGCUCCAGUGAUAAUAUCAAAUCUUCAAUUGUUAAAGAACCAGUUAAACCAGCUAGUAGUCUUGUGUUUGGCUAUCUCAAUCUUUUCUCUGAUGGAGUUCAUAAUUUCACUGAUGGAAUUGCAUUAGGAAGUGCAUUCAUGCUUUAUGGAUCAGUUGGUGGCUGGUCUAGAACUUUGUUUUUGUUGGCACAUGAAAUUCCUCAAGAGGUUGGUGAUUUUGGUAUUUUGAUUAGAUCUGGUUUCAGCAUACCAAAAGCUUUGUUCUUCAACUUUUUAUCAGCACUUGUGGCACUUGCAGGCACUGCAUUGGCUUUGCUCUGGGGGAAAGAUCCUGGGCAGUCAUCCCUGAUUGAGGGAUUUACAGCAGGUGGAUUUAUAUACAUAGCCAUUGCAGGAGUUCUUGCAGAAAUGAAUAACAAUGGGAAGACGACGUUUAGAAGUACAGCCGUCCAUAUAAUCUCACUGACAAUGGGCAUGGCUGUUGCCCUUGGCAUCUCCCUUAUAGAAUGAAUAAAAUGUUCUCUCUUAGGACUUGCAUAUCUUGAUUCUUGAUGUACCAAUUAUUUUGAUGUAAGCAAAUUAUCUUGAAAAAAACUUUAGGGAAGGUGAACUGGGGGAAAAUGAUAGAUCAAGGCAAAUAUUCAGGCUUAAACUUGCAUUGAUUCCUUAACCGUUUACACACAGUAAACAUUGUAUAGUAGAAGUCUCCACAUGCCGUUUACAUUUGUCAGAUUAUGUAGCAACAUUUUUGCACAUGUUGAGAUGUAUAGCAGUCAAGAUGCUUUCUUCUUUCGUAUGCUCCUGAGAUUAAAAAAAAACUGACUGUUUGAUUGA